GCCGGAGCCGAGCGUUUCAGGAAGAGAUGGCGCUCUGAAAAGAAAAAAAACUCCGAGAAGAAGUGCGAGCUCACCCGGAGCACUCGUAACAGCCGCGGGAGGAUUUCUGUUUCCGUGUCGGAGUGCUUUUAGCUCACAGAGUGUGUGUAUGUGUGUGUGUGUGCGUGUGUGUGUGCGAGAGUGUGCGAGAGAGAGAGAGAGAGCUCAUUAUCCUGCUCUGAAGAAGAAGAAGAAGAGGUGAAGCUCAGUUUCCUGUCUGUCUAAACAACAAACCUUCCUAACAGUUUGCUAGUGUAGUAUUUCUUAAUAGCAGCUAUUGCUUUGUUGAAUUUCUGCCCCUCUGUAGCAGUAAGUUGUAGCCCUCCUUAUAGACUUCCUUAUAGACUCCUUCAAGUGCUGAGCGUCUGCGCGUGAGCUGAAAUAUCUCACCUGUAAUCUCACCUGUAACACCACCCGUGUUUCCAGACCUGCAGCAGUGGAUGGAGAGUGGCUUUUAAGGCUUCUCUUCAAAACACAGAGCUUAACCCUGCGCAUUCAAGGUGCUAUUUUAAACCUGAGUCACCUUGAAGAGGAACAGGUGUCUCACCUGGAAUGGCGGAGGAGAAAGCGCCCCCUGGUGGAGGGGGCAUCAUGCCCACCGUGCCCAUCAGGGGCAUCCGGAUGAAGUUCGCCGUGCUGGAGGGACUCAUUGAGGCUGGAGAGGUCACGAACCGGGACAUCGUGGAGACAGUGUUCAACCUGCUGGUCGGAGGUCAGUUUGACCUUGAGCUGAACUUCAUCAUCCAGGAGACGGAGAGCAUCAUGUGUAUGGUGGACCUGUUGGAUAAGUGUGAGGUGACGUGUCAGGCCGAGGUGUGGAGCAUGUUCACGGCCGUGCUGAAGAAGAGCGUGAGGAACCUGCAGGCCUGCACUGAAGUCGGCCUCAUCACACUCGUCCUGCAGAGGAUAGACAGAACAGACAGCAUGAUCGCAGACCUGUUGGUGGACAUGCUGGGCGUUUUGGCGAGUUACAGCAUCACAGUGAAGGAGCUGAAGCUCUAUUUCAGUAAACUACAGGGCGAGAAUGGACAAUGGCCUCCUCAUGCUGUGAAGCUGCUCUCUGUGUUGAAGUCCAUGGCUCAUCGCUCCGGCCCUGACGCAUUCUUCACUUUUCCUGGAAAGAGCGCAGCAGCCAUAGCACUUCCACCGAUCUCUAAAUGGCCGUACCAGAACGGCUUCACCUUCCACACCUGGUUGCGUCUGGAUCCCGUCAGCAACAUCAAUGUAGAUAAAGACAAGCCUUACCUGUACUGUUUUCGGACAAAUAAGGGUAUGGGUUAUUCGGCCCAUUUUGUUGGUGGCUGUCUGAUUGUUACUGCGUUAAAGGCCAAAGGGAAAGGGUUCCAGCACUGCGUCAAGUUCGACUUCAAACCCCAGAAGUGGUACAUGGUGACCAUCGUGCAUAUCUACCACCGCUGGAAGAACAGUGAAAUUAGUUGCUAUGUGAACGGAGAGCUGGCGUCUUAUGGAGAGAUCACGUGGUUCGUUAACACCAGUGAUACAUUCGAUAAAUGUUUUCUGGGCUCAGCGGAGACGGCAGACGCCAACCGUGUGUUUUGCGGUCAGAUGGGGGCGGUGUAUCUGUUCAAUGACGCCCUCAACGCUGCACAGAUCUUCGCCAUCUAUCAGCUAGGCCCCUCCUACAAGGGUGUGUUUAAGUAUAAAGCAGAAAGCGACCUAUUGUUUGCGGAUCAUCAUAAAUCUCUGCUGUAUGACGGCAAACUGAGCAGCAGCAUCGCCUUCGCCUACAACCCCCGAGCUACAGAUGCCCAGCUGUGCCUCGAGUCAUCACCCAGAGACAACACGUCCAUCUUCAUACACUCUCCUCACGCCCUGAUGCUGCAGGAUGUGAAGGCUGUAGUCACUCACUCAGUUCAGAGUGCUGUUCACUCCAUCGGAGGAGUGCAGGUUCUUUUCCCUCUCUUCACUCAGCUGGACUUUGUGCAGCCGAACAGCGAAGAGCCUGACAUCUCUGUCUCCUGCACUCUGUUGUCGUUCCUGUUGGAGUUGUUGAAGUUGUCCGUAGCGAUGCAGGAGCAGAUCCUCACCUGUAAGGGCUUCCUCGUCAUCGGAUACUCUCUGGAGAAGUCUUCCAAAGUCCAUGUAACGAGGCCCGUGCUGGACAUCAUUUUGUCAUUCGCUCGGUAUCUGAGUAACCUGCCCAACGGCAUCUUACUGCUCAAACAGCUGUGUGAUCACAUCCUGUUCAACCCAGCCAUCUGGAUACACACCCCAGCCAAGGUGCAGCAGGUCUUGUACACAUAUUUGGCCACCGAGUUCAUCAGCACAGUGACGAUCUACAACGCUGUGCGGCGGGUGGGAACCGUGCUGCAGGUCAUGCACACGCUCAAAUAUUAUUACUGGGUGGUUAAUCCACAGGACCGCAGUGGAGUGACGCCCAAAGGCCUCGAUGGUCCGAGGCCCAAUCAGAAGGAGAUCCACGCUCUCAGAGCGUUCCUGCUGCUCUUCGUCAAACAGCUCAUUAUGAAGGACUCGGGAGUGAAGGAAGAUGAGCUGCAGAGCAUCCUAAACUACCUGCUCACCAUGCAUGAGGAUGAUAACCUGAUGGACGUGCUGCAGCUGCUCGUGGCGCUGAUGUCUGAACACCCGAGUUCCAUGGUGCAGGCGUUCGAUCAGCGUAACGGCAUCCGGGUAAUUUACAAACUGUUGGCGUCUAAAAGUGAAGGGAUUCGAGUGCAGGCUCUAAAAGUGUUGGGUUAUUUCCUCCGACAUUUACAGCCCAAGAGGAAGUCCGAGGUCAUGCUGAGUCACGGUUUAUUUUCGCUCCUGACUGAGCGCCUGCUGCUGCACUCCAAUCAGUUCUCGAUGACCACCUACAACGUCCUGUUCGAGAUUCUGACAGAGCAGAUCUGCACACAGGUGAUCCACAAGCAGCACCCUGAACCCGACUCCACCAUCAAAAUCCAAAACCCACAGAUCCUAAAGGUGAUUGCGGCUCUGCUGAAGAACAGCGUGUGUCCGGACAGCAUGGAGAUUCGCAGAGUGUUUCUGUCCGACAUGAUCAAACUGUUUAACAGCAGCCGAGAAAACAGGAGGAGUCUCCUGCAGUGCUCGGUGUGGCAGGAGUGGAUGCUUUCUCUCUGCUUUAUAAAUCCGAGCAGCAGCGAGGAGCUGAAGAUCACAGAGAUGGUGUACACCGUCUUCCGCAUCCUCCUCUAUCACGCCAUCAAGCACGAGUGGGGAGGCUGGCGCGUGUGGGUCGACACACUCUCCAUCACACACUCCAAGGUUACCUUCGAGCAGCACAAAGAGAGCUUAUCCCGUGUUUUUCAUGAAUACCAGCAGAUGGGCUCCGAUGGUGGCGCUGAAAUCAGAACCGUUUCUGGAUCGAGCAGGAACAGUGAACUUUCUGCAGAGCCAGCAGAAACUCCGGUAGAACCUCCAUCCACCAUUAUCGAGCUAAAGGUGGAGGAACAAAUCUGUGGAGAACACGAUGAACAUGAGGAAAGAGCGCAAGUCACCAUUUCAAACAUCUUAGCCAGAGCUGAGGAAGAGGACAUGAAAGAGGAGGAAGAAAAACAUGAAGCCUCAAUUCAGGAGAAACAGGAUAAAGGUGAAUCAGAGGCACCUAAAGAGACAAAGAAGAAUGCGGAGAACAACCAGGAAUUGGCAGGAGGAAAGGAUACAGAAAGAGAUGUUGUAGAGGAAAAGACAGAUGGUGAUAAAGCAGUUGACGAAGACAAGAGAGAAGCACGUGAUCAUAAAAGCACAGAAGCAAGCACCCAGAAGUUAGAAGCUGAUCAACAAGCCAAUGCAGAGAAGAUCUCGGAAAAAGAAGAGGAUAAACUCGGAACUGCAGAAGAGACGGAAACGAAAACUGACCCAGGUGAAGAAGGAAAAGAAUCAGAAAGAGGCGAGGAUCAUUCUGAGACAUCAGUCCGAAGAGAUGAUGAAGAGAAAGAACAGAAAGAGGAGAAGAAAUCUGAGAUUUCUGAAGAGGGCCCCAAGACGGAGGUGAGCCCCAGUGUGGAGGAGGGACCAGACAUGGAGGUGAGGCCCAGCACAGAGGUGGUCCUAAGUGUAGACAAAGGUCCAAGUGUCCAGGGAAGCCGUAGCGAAGAGACGAGCCCCAGUGAAAAGGAGGGUCUAAGUACGCAAGAGGGCCCCAGUGCAGAGAAAAGCUCCAACUCGCAGGAGGUUUCCAGUGUCCAAGAGAGCCCUAGUGUGGACGUGAGCCUCAGCAUGGAGGAGGGCCCGAAUACGCAAGAGGGCCCCAGUGCACAGACAAGCCCCAGCACGCAGGAGGGUCCUAGCAUCAAGGAGAGCCCUAGUGCAGAGACAAGCCCUAGCACAGAGGAGGGCUCGAGUACUCAAGGGGUCCCUAGUGCGGAGGCAAGCCUCAGCACACCGGAGGGUCCUAGCAUCCCGGAGAGCCCCGGUGCAGAGAUGGGCUUCAAGCCCAAAGAAGUUAAAAUUGCCAGACUAGACGUCUCCAGCGUGGCCAUAGACACAGAACGACUGGCGCUGAAACACACCUCAGCUGCUGAUGGAGGCCAACCCCACUUGGCGGCCAGCACGUCUGCGCAGAACCGAGAUGGUUCCUCGUCCUCCCCUCGUUCCAGCAUGUUCCGUAUCCCGGAAUUCAAGUGGUCUCACAUGCACCAGCGCCUGCUGACCGACCUGCUCUUCUCCGUCGAGACAGAUGUGCAGAUGUGGAGGAGCCACUCCACUAAGACGGUGAUGGACUUUGUGAACAGCAGCGAGAACGUGGUGUUUGUGCACAACACGGUGCAUCUGAUCUCUCAGGUGGUGGAUAAUCUGAUCAUGGCGUCUGGAGGAAUCCUGCCUCUGCUCUCUGCAGCCACUUCGUCUACGCAUGAGUUGGAGGUGAUAGAUGCGUCUCAGGGUCUGGAAGUGGAAACGUCUCUGUCCUUCCUGCAGCGUCUUGUCUCUCUGGUGGACGUCCUCAUCUUGUCCAGCCCGCUGAACUUCACCGAGAUCGAGGCGGAGAAGAACAUGACGUCCGGAGGAGUGCUGAGACAGUGCUUACGCCUCGUGUGCACUAUGGCUGUGAGGAGUUGUUUGGAGUGUCAGCAUCACUCUUUCUAUAAAGCUGGAACGGAGAAAACGCAGCAAGGCCUUCUGGGAAAUGCCAAGUUUAUUCCAGCACAGAGUCCUGUUGAUAUGCUAACAGGAGGGAUCUCUCCAAUCCGAGAUGUGGAACGUCUGCUGCAGGACAUGGACAUCAACCGUCUCCGAGCCAUCGUGUUCAGAGACAUUGAGGACAGUAAGCAGGCUCAGUUUUUGGCUCUGGCUGUUGUUUACUUCAUCUCUGUUCUCAUGGUGUCCAAAUACCGAGACAUUCUGGAGCCGCACAACGACAAGAGAGUCAACACACACUCUGCUCGGAGCACAGAGAGCGUCAGUUCUGACCAGGAAAACUCCUCCCCCCUCCAACGUCGUGACUCCGCCCCUGCAAACGUGCGCUCACCUGUUGCAUCGAGUGAUGCCGAAUCCGGCUCGGCGCCGGACGCCAUCUCUGAGGCCCUGUCCACAUUGUCAUCUGAGGUCAAAGGUCAUGAGGACAUGGGCAAGGAUAAAAAGGGAAAGAGUGUUAAGGUGAAGGACAUUCUGCGGAGCCUGGUAAGCUCCGCCCCUGCAGAUGAUGUCAUUGUGGAUGCAAGUCUCUUACCACCAGCGUUUUUGGGGAAGCAAGAACUCCAUGCCCAGUUCAGCUCUUUCGACAGGAGCGUGGUUGUAGCAUCUAAGAAAGUGGGUGGAGCUCCUGCAGCAGGCCCCGCCCCCUCCUCCUCCUCCACCCAAGUCCCACAGUCCACCUCCGCAGGUGGAACUCCAGUCGUCAGCGUUUCUGUGGUUUCCGCAGGUGACUCCGCCCCGAGCAAUGCUGUGGAGUCAGGAGGAGCAGCAGCCGCUUCAAACCUGCCAUCUGUUCCCCUCUCACCCACCACUACCCUGAGUAUCUCGGAGCGACUGGAACACGCUCUUGAGAAAGCUGCUCCGUUACUCCGGGAGAUUUUCGUGGACUUUGCCCCGUUCCUGUCCCGAACUUUAUUAGGGAGCCACGGACAGGAGCUACUCAUUGAGGGAACAAGUUUGGUGUGUAUGAAGUCCAGUAGCUCUGUAGUGGAACUCGUCAUGCUGUUAUGUUCUCAGGAAUGGCAGAACUCCAUCCAGAAGAAUGCAGGUUUAGCCUUCAUCGAGCUCGUCAACGAGGGAAGGUUGCUGAGUCACACGAUGAAGGAUCACCUCGUCCGUGUUGCAAACGAAGCCGAGUUCAUUCUGAGUAGACAGAGAGCUGAGGACAUACACAAACAUGCCGAUUUUGAGUCUCUCUGUGCUCAGUACACUUCAGAGAAGCGUGAAGAAGAGAAGAUGUGUGACCACCUGAUCCGAGCUGCCAAAUACCGAGAUCACGUGACCGCGACACAGCUCAUCCAGAAGAUCAUCAACAUCCUGACUGACAAACAUGGAGCCUGGGGAAGCUCCGCCCACAGUAAGCAGUGUUUUUGGCGUUUGGAUUUUUGGGAGGAUGAUCUGAGGAGACGUCGUCGCUUCAUCAGGAACCCGUUCGGGUCGUCACACUCAGAGGCCACACUCAAAUCUGCGGCUGAGCAUGCUCCAGAGGACGACGUGCUGAAGGGACAGCAGCUCAGGAAAGACACGGCGAGGAGUCAGAGCUGCGAGAGCGAGAGUUUACCGGAGGGAGACGACGAUACCAUCUCGUCUCUGGAGGAGAAAGAGCUGGACAGUCUCACAGGCACGGUGUCUCUCAGCACGGUAGCUGAGCUGGUCUCUCCCGCACUGGUUAUGAAAGGAACUCUGUCCAUCACGGCUAACGAGCUUUACUUCGAGGUGGAUGAAGAUGAGGCGAGCUUCAAGAACAUUGACCCCAAGUUGUUGGCCUAUGCGGAUGGACUGCAUGGGAAGUGGAUGUUCUCGGAGAUGCGAGCGAUCUUCUCACGGCGCUUCCUCCUGCAGAACACAGCACUGGAGAUCUUCAUGGCCAAUCGGACCUCGGUGAUGUUUAACUUUGCUGAUGCUGCUACAGUAAAGAAAGUCGUUCACGCUCUGCCUAGAGUCGGAGUCGGAACUAACUUCGGCCUCCCUCAGACCAGGCGGAUUUCUCUAGCGACUCCUAAACAGCUAUUUAAAGCCUCCAACAUGACUCAGCGCUGGCAGAAACGCGAAAUCUCCAACUUCGAGUACCUCAUGUUCCUCAACACCAUUGCAGGCCGCACGUAUAACGACCUGAAUCAAUAUCCUGUGUUUCCCUGGAUCAUCAGCAACUACGACAGCGAAGAGCUCGACCUCACAUUGCCCAGCAACUACAGAGACCUGAGCAAGCCAAUCGGAGCCCUCAACCCAAAGAGAGCUGCUUUCUUCUCCGAACGCUAUGAAUCAUGGGAAGACGAGCAGGUUCCCAAAUUCCACUACGGCACACACUAUUCCACGGCCAGCUUCACCAUGAUGUGGCUGCUGAGGAUCGAGCCAUUCACUACGUUCUUCCUCAACUUCCAAGGAGGGAAGUUUGAUCACGCAGACCGAACCUUCUCCUCCAUCGCCAGAGCCUGGAGGAACUGUCAGAGAGACACAUCUGACGUGAAGGAGCUGAUCCCGGAGUUCUUCUACCUGCCAGAGAUGUUCAUUAACGCUAACGACUAUAACCUGGGAGUGAUGGAUGAUGGGACGGUGGUGUGUGAUGUUGAGCUGCCGCCGUGGGCAAAGAGUCCAGAGGACUUUGUUCGCAUCAACCGCAUGGCACUGGAGAGUGAGUUUGUGUCAUGUCAGCUCCAUCAGUGGGUGGAUCUGAUCUUCGGCUAUAAGCAGCGUGGACCUGAAGCAGUACGUGCCCUCAACGUCUACUACUACCUCACCUAUGAGGGGGCGGUGAACCUCAGCUCCAUCACUGACCCACUGCUGAGAGAGGCUGUAGAGUCUCAGAUCCGGAGUUUUGGUCAGACUCCGUCUCAGCUGCUGAUCGAACCUCAUCCACCACGGAGCUCCGCCAUGCAGGUGGCCCCACUGAUGUUUACGGAGCAGAUGCAACAGGAUGUGAUCAUGGUGCUGAAGUUUCCCUCCAACUCUCCAGUGGUGUCCGUGUCAGCUCACACUCAAGCCGGCCUGUCCAACCCUGCCAUCGUCACUGUCACAGCCAAUCGCAUCUUUUCCAUAAACAAGUGGCAUGGCCUCACCGGUCACCAGAGCUCUUCGAACGCGGAGCAGCAGUACCAGCUGCCGGUGGAGAUCGACCCUGUGAUAGUGGGUAACCUGAUGCACCGCAGACAAGUGUGUGAUUUAUUGGAUCAGAGUGUGGAGGUGAACUCGCACUGUUUCCUCGUCUCAGCUGAUAAUCGAUUCCUCUUCAUCGCCGGCUUCUGGGACAAGAGCUUCCGCAUCUACAACACUGACACUGGGAAGUUGGUGCAGAUUGUGUUCGGUCACCGUGACGUGGUGACGUGUGUGUUUCGGUCCGAGUCGUACAUCGGAGGCGACUGCUAUGUGCUGAGCGGCUCGAGAGACGCCACACUGCUGCUGUGGUACUGGAGCGGGAAACACUGCUGCAUCGGCGACACACACAAUGAAUUUGUGACUCCCCGAGCGAUUCUGACAGGCCACGACUGUGAAGUGACCUGUGCAAGUGUGUGUGCGGAGCUCGGAGUGGUUAUCAGCGGUUCCAAAGACGGCCCGUGUCUGUUACACUCGGUGAGUGGAGAGCUGCUGCGUGUAUUUGAGAGCAGUGAGAGGCCGAUGCUGAUUCAGGCGAGUGCAGAGGGACACUGCGUCAUCUACUACAGCUCUGGACACGUGUGUGUGUACAGCAUCAACGGCAAACUGCUGCGUGACACACAUAUCGAGGACAACAUCAGGGCUAUGUUAUUGAGUCGGGAUGGUCAGUACCUGCUGUGUGGAGGAGAGAGGGGGGUUCUCACUGUGUGGCAGAUCCAUGAUCUCAAACAGCUCUUCACUUAUCCAGGCUGCGAUGCUGCCAUUCGCUCUAUGGCCAUGACCUCCGACCAAAGAUGUAUCAUCACCGGCAUGGCGUCUGGCAGCAUCGUUCUCUUCUACAACGACUUCAACAGAUGGCACCAUGAGUACCGAACCCGGUACUGAUGCCUGUUACCACAGUCACACACUGUGACCAUGACGACCCCGGUGACCGUGGCAACAGCCCAGUCGAACCCUGAACACUGAAUGUAAUCAGAAUAGCGUAGUUAUUUUUAAUAAAGAGUGUUGCUAAGUUUUGUAGAUCUUCUAGAUUUUUCUGAUUAAAUAUGAAAAAAUCUAUUUUUAGCUCUAUUUUCACCUCGACGCUAAUGUGAACGAAUAUAGUAAAUAUUAGGUAUGUGCCGAUACUUAACGUUAAUAUUGCUGUAAUUUUGUCAAGGCUCAACAUUAUCACGAUAUUGUUCUGUUAAUAAAACUGUCUGCCAUGUUGUAAGACAUCUGUCCCUAUACUGCCUUCCGAAUGGGACACGCUUAUCUCUGUGCUACGCAAAGCAUCUGUGAUAACACUGCAAACUGCACAACAAAUAUCGUGACAUAUCCUAUCAUAACUGAUUAUCGGCACAUCCCUAAUGGAGUCCCUUUAUGUGUGUGCUUCUGGGUGAUUGGGAUUUUUUUUUUGUCUUUAAUGCUGUGACUGUUAUCUUCAGCAAACUCUAAUUCUGAUUAAAGGGGGAAUUAAGCUACUGCGCAAAACUCAAACUGUCCACUGCAGAGUAACGAGUCAGCUGCCUAAAUUCAAGAUAGUAUCGGCAAUCACUCACAGAUUAUCACUGAUGUCGCCAUACGCUCGCACUAGUAAGGAACAAAGUGACAGGUGACCAUUUUUCCUUUAGGUUCUCUCAAUUCUAUGCAAAUGAGGUAUGAGUGGUAAAGCAUGAAGCCUAGCACGUAGUGUGUAAAUCAAACAACCAAUUUUUUAGUUUAGUGUCAUUAGUGUGUUAUUUAAGUUUGCCUUUAACUAGUUAGCUUUAGAUGUGAGACAUAGCUACUACCGGACCAUUUGUCACUUGCUAGUGUGACUGUAGUUAUUUUAUCUAAAGUAAUCGUACCUUAAUGCAACGUUAAGAUCAUAAAAUUUUGCUGUUUGAACACGACAGCAUGGAUGAUGUGAUUACAAAUCACCAUUUACACACAAACCAACUGUUUAAUUGAAACUGAUAUACCAAUUGAAGAGGAGGGGCCAAGCUGAUUUUUUUCAAAUGAAUUUAAGUUCAGUUUAAUCAGCCAAUUACAAACUUCAUCAUAUGACUUCAUAUUUUGGUGUAAAAUGUCAAAUUUAAGUAUACUGUAAUAGUUAGCCUACAUUUAGCCAUCUCGCUAGUCUCCUUUUUCAGCAGGAUAGCUAGCGCUAAAGCAAUAACGUUAAAAUAUACAUUGUGUGAUCAAAACCAGCGUUUUAGGCUAAUUACGUCGAGCACAAGAAGCGCAAAGCGACGUUAUGAUCAGUCUGUGAAUGGCAGAUCAAACUUAACUUAGGCACUCAUUGUCCCAGAAAGACCUUGUGACUAGCUGGGUGACUAACUGUUAAACUCGCGAAGUGAAUUUGUGAGUUACAAUUCGCAAGCGUCGCUUUAAGGUCAACAGUGAAAUUACAAAUCAUAAAAUUACGUUUUGCAUUCAUGUACGAUUAUUUCAGAGAUGAUCCUGACUCUAUAGCUAUGCGAUUUUCCGUUGAGAGCGGUGUCCGUGAUGAUCUGUGCUCUCCUUUUGUUUAAUAAAGGGCUGUAAUUUGAACAUUAGCAGAAAAUUAGUAGUGGUGAUAGUCUUUAGUUUGUGUUUGCGAGUGUGUGGAGGGGGUGAUACAAGUGAAUUGCAAGAUAUAUUAUUAUUAUUAUCAUCAUCAUCAUCAUCUUUGUAUCAAUUUUUCUUAAACAUAUUUCAUAUCUGUCAGUCUACCAGACCUGUCCUGGGGUGUCUUACUGUAGCUGCAUACCUACCUGAACAGGAAGUGAUGUCAUCAAUAAAAUCUCUUGAAACUUAAUUAGUUUAGUAACACUUGGACUGUGAAAGAAAGCUGACAUGAUGUUCACUGCGUGAAGUGUGCACUUGCUGAAAUAUGAACCCUAAAAUGAAACACUGGAGUGUGGUGACUAGGCACGUGCCGAUAAAUUUUUAUCACAGUUCAAGAUACUUUCACAGGACUCUUUUCUUAUUCCAUUCUAUCUAAAGUAAGAACCCUUAAAAGACUGCUAUCUUUGCGCUGCCUUCUGAUUGGGACACAGCCUAAACAUGCUGUCUACUUAGGCAGCCUCCUCCCACAUAGAGUCCACCGGGGAGUGGUGAUAUUUCAGUGUCCCCAGUAUCGGCACAUGCCUAGCGGUGACGACAAUGACGCCUGCUCACUGUUUCUUCAUUGUGUCCUUCAUGUAUGUUUUUUGUUAAGUUUUGUUUCCAUGACAAUCAGAGUGGAAAUGUGUGUGAUGAAAUUUAAAUAAUAAAACAGAGUUUUAUAAGCGAAUUCAAA